AAAGCUGUUGCUAUGAAUCAAACAAAACUUAUAUAAUUCCCUAGUUUCCUGCAUCUCUCUCAACUUUGUUCCCAGUUGUACACACAGCGUCUCUUUUACAAUUAUCUUUUUACUUCGUUCGGUAUUCUUAGUUUAUCAAUAGGCUCGGAUAUUUUCUUCGGCGUAUCCCCAAACAAAAAUGGCUGGCCCCAAAGCUACAACAAUCAAAGAAGCCAUAAAGAAAUGGGAAGAUAAAUCUGGCCAGCAGGCGGCUACGGCUACAGAAGUGAGUCUGAUAUUCCAAUGGCCACCAAUUGAAAAAAUGGAUAAUUCUCUUGCGGCGCUCGUUAAUUGCGAGAAACUGAGCUUAUCCACAAACAUGAUAGAGAAAGUGACCGGCCUGAACAGUCUGAAGCGACUCCGAAUACUGUCAUUAGGAAGGAAUUAUAUUAAAUCUUUUGCUGGAAUGGAAUCUUUAGGUGACACUCUUGAAGAAUUAUGGAUUUCAUACAACCUGAUAGAGAAGCUGAAGGGAAUCAAUGUGCUGAGGAGUCUGAAGGUCCUGUACAUGAGCAACAACCUUGUGAAGGAGUGGAGCGAGUUCAAUAAAUUGCAAGAGCUGGCGUACCUAGACGACUUACUGUUCGUGGGUAACCCUCUAUAUGACGGGUGCGAACUGGACACGUGGCGGUUCGAAGCCGCCCGCCGCCUUCCUAAUCUGAAGAAGUUGGACGGGGAGACGGUCAUCAGGGAGGACGACCCGCCUAUAACUGUCGCGGACAUGCAGAUGGACGAAGGGGAUGCUGUGGAGACUUUAGUUAGCGCUGAAACCAACGACUAA